AUGGCGGAUAAACAACAAGCCACCAAGUGCGCUGCGCAAAAUUUAAAUAAUAGUAACCUUUGUACGCCCGCAAAACCAGUCAAAUCUAAAAUUCCAAAGUAUAACACACCAGAGAAACGAUUGGAAGAUAAUGAAGGGAAAAAAGAAGUGGACAUGGGGCAAAUACAGCAAAUGUUCGAAAGCAUGAUGAUGAAAUUGGAGAAACUUGACUCCAUUGAAUUCGACGUGAAAGAAAUAAAAAAAUCUUUAGAAUUCGCGCAUGCUGAGAUAGAUGACCUGAAAAAGGAAAACGAGAAAAUGAAAGACAACCAAGAUAAAGCCAGGGAGAGAAUAGAAAAACUGGAACAUGACAACGUUACAAUGCGCAACAAAAUAGUUGACCUGCAAGCGAGAUCGAUGCGCGACAACCUACUGUUCUUCAACAUACCAGAGCGUGAUCAAGAAAAUACCACUGAUAUUAUCCACGAGCUAAUUGAAACGAAAAUGGGAAUGACAGACGCAAAGGAAAAAGUAAAGAUUGACCGGUCUCAUCGAAUUGGACGAAAAAGACAAGGAAAUCGUAAACCGCGACCAAUUGUAGUCAAAUUCAACUUCCAUCAAGACCGAGAACAUGUGCGGUUAAAUGCGAAAAAACUUAGAGGCACUAAUAUCGGUGUAUCUGAACAAUUUCCCGAAGAAAUCGAAAAAAUUAGAAAGACACUAUAUCCUGAGCUAAAAAAAGCUAAAGCAGAAGGAAAAAAAGCCAAAAAAAGAGAUAAACUCAUCAUUGAAGGGCAAGUCUUUUAUAAUAAUUCUUAA